AUGCCAAUCGACAGGGUCCAAGAGUCUGAGCUGCACUUGACACCGCACUGGCUCCCGCGCCUGUGUGCUGCAGACCCCGCCAGCCAGCUACUCCUUUUUGCUAGCAAUGGCCCUGAGCAGGAGGCUGCUCGGGGAGGCCGCCCCCUCGCCUCGCUGAUUGGCCUGGCUGCCCGACUCAUCAUGCUCUUUUGUCUCAACCCGCAGAGGUUAAAAGAAGCGGCGGCUGCUGGGAGUGCCCAGCGAGUGGGCGGGGGCGGCCGCUUCUGA